CCCAACUUGUCUUCGCAUGAAAACACACAAAGGCCCCACCGCGGAGGAGAAGAAGCGUGUUCUCGACGCCUUCCUCCGCGGCGACAACUGGAAGCUCGUCGCCCAGCACAACGACAUGUCCCUCGCCACAGCGAGGCGAGUUGUGACCACCGGCCGAACGACUCUGCUGCCACGAGGUGGCUUUCGACCCGCCAAGUCCAAGGUCACCCCCGAGAUCCGUGCCGCUCUCGAGCAGUACCUAGACAAGAACUGUCAAUACACUCUUCGUGAAAUGCAAACCUUUCCGUUGGUGGUCCGCGAGGUCAUCUUCUGUCAGCGCAACGUCGAAAAAGCCAUCCUAUUGGAGAGCAUGGUGUAUUGUCAGUAG